AUGAGCAUGUCACUUGUUCUCGCCCCACCGGAUACGAGGAGGAAGGCUGGUAGGAGGAAGGAGUCGCGGUAUCCAUCAGUUGGAGAAAUACCGGUAACUAGGGUUAAGAAAGAAACACCUAACAAGUGCGGGCGAUGUGGACAGCCCGGUCACAACAGGACUAGUUGUUCACAACCGAAAUGA